UCGUUGGACAAUCAUUAAUCGGGCUUCGCCGCAUUCCUGGCAUGGAAAAAUGCCCCAGUGGGUAACCCAGCCCUGGCAGUCCGACAUGCAGCUGGCUGGAAAGUUGGUCUUCUCCGCCGCCGCUCUGCUCCUCCUGACUUUGGCCUACAGGUUUUAUAAGUCCCGCUCGCUGGCCGGGGCCAAAAUCCCACCGGUUGAGGCGGGAGGAGAGCAGCUGGAAAACGCCGCCCGGGAUGAGGAUGGGGCCGGAAGUACGUUGGGAAGUAAGCCAGGAAUUGAGCCAGGAAUUAAGUCGGGAAGAGAUCUGGGAAGUGAGCUGGGAAGUAAGUCGGAAAGCAAGCCAGGAAUAGAGCUGGGAACUGACUCGAGAAGUGAGUUAGGAAGUAAGCUGGGAAUUCAGCCAGGAAUCGAGCCAGGAAUCAAGACAGGAAGCAAUCUGGGAAGCAAGCCAGGAAGUGAGCUGGGAAGGGAGCCAGGAAGCAAGUUGGGAAGUGAGCCGGGAAGCAAACUGAACUCUUAUGACCCUGGGGAUGCGGCCGAACCACUGAGCACCCUCGAGGAUGAGGCCACGCUUGCCCCAAGCAGCCAGCUUUCCCCCGGGAUUGCUGAUGCCCAGGUGGGAGGUGAUGGACGCGCCCAAAGCAUGAAGCAGGAUUUGGCCAGUGAAGGCACAAGCCAGGAAGCCAAGGGGAUGAUCCAGACCCUCAGUAUCAUCUCGGACCUGGGUCUGACGAUGACAGCGAGCAACUCAAGGUCGGACGCCUCCUACUCUUUCUCCUCGGUCACCAAGAUCCAGGUGGAGGAGAACUACGUCCCUGAGCAGCGGGCAAAGGAUGGGGCCAGGCAGCCAGUCCCUGGCCUUAAAGGCAAAGUCUAUGACUACUAUGUCCAGUCUGUCUCCCAAUCGGUGUCGAAGAAGAGGUCUCUUCCCUACAUCCCUCCGGGAACAUCCCAGUGCCGCAGCUUGGAGCAGGUCAAUGAAAAGCUGCAGAACUCCACAACCCAGGACCCAAAUUUGGCAAUGCAGGAUCACACCACCUCCUCCAGAGUUCCACCACCUGUGGGGAGUUUGGAGAGCUCCCCUGAGCCACCAUCUCCCGGCCGCAAGGACAGCAUCGUCCAGAUUGCCGACAGCCCCCACCUCCAGCUGCCCAUGGAGGGUUUUGGGGUCUCGGUUCCAGCCAGCACACCGCCUGCAAGCCCCCAGCCAGGGCUGGUGGCCAAUGCUGACCUCUUCCAAAUGCCACCACCCACCCACCUGGACCUGGGGAACUGCUACGAGGUCCUUUGCACAGCCAAGGCGCAGAAGCUCAGUCACCUCCAGGAGGCUGCCUACAAAGUGAUGAGCGACAACUACCUGCAGGUGCUGAGGACACCUUCCAUCUACGGCCGCCUCAACGCUGGUGAGCGGGAGCUCAUCCUACGGAGGAGGAUGAAGGGGAAGACGUACAUGGUGGUGGCAGAUGUCAACGUGCAGGAGCCCAGCCUCCACAGCAGCCGCCUCUGCUACUACGAUGACGGAGGGGACUGCUGGCAUCACCUCUGCCACGUGCCACCAGAGGUGGUCUCCCGGGGGUGUGCCAUGUGCAGCAUGUUCAACUACCUCUUCGUGGUGGCCGGCUGCGAGGGCACGGGCCGGACGCAGAGACCCUCCAACCGUGUCUUCUGCUAUGACCCCCUGACCAACAUCUGGAAGGAGAUCUGCCCCCUGAACCAAGCACGGCCGCACUGCAAGCUCGUGGCCUUGGAUGGCCACCUCUACGCCAUCGGCGGCGAGUGCCUCUACACGGUGGAGCGCUACGACCCCCGGCAGGACCGCUGGACCUUCACCGCACCCCUGCCCCACGACACCUUCGCCGUGGCCCACACGGCCACGGUGUGCGAUGGGGAGAUCUACGUGACGGGGGGCACCUUGCGCUACGUGCUGCUGCGUUACGCCGCCCGCUGGGACAGCUGGAGCGUCAGCCCGGCCAGCGGUGGCAAGGACAGGACGGCCGAGAUGGUGAGCACCAACGGCUUCAUCUACCGCUUCGACCUUCACCGCAACACGGGCAUCAGCGUCUACCGCUGCGGCGCCAAGGCCAAGCUAUGGUAUGAGUGUGCCACCUAUGCCAUGCCCAACCCAUCCGGCUUCCAGUGCGCCGUGGUGGGCAACCUGGUCCACUGCGUCGGCCGGCAAUUCCACAUACGUUUCCUGGCUGACCACAUCUCACCACGCUUCGGGACCAAGGAGCUGCAGCCCUUCCCAUCGCCCCACGGCAGCCUCCUCCCGGCCGUCCUGGUGCUGCCGGAGGGAGGGAUGGCACAAACGCAGGUUUGAGGGAUCCUUUCUAGGGUCUCAUGCAACAAUGGUGGUGACUCUGAUGUGACAUGAUGGUGAAAGCUGGUAGAAGAAGCCACCAGCCCACUUUGGACAACGUAGCAUGGGACCAACACUACCAGGGCAAUGUUACCCAUCCUGACCAUCAAGCAGGCAUCUCCCAGUCCUUGUAAGUAAGGAAGGAGACAAACUGCUCUUGGAUAUUACCACUAAACUCAGCCUUGAAGACACGAGGAAGAGCAAAGCAGGAGCUGGGUGGACUUGUUUGCUGGGAGGUAUUUAAACAUAGGCGUGAUUGCUCGGGUGCAAAUAAACCACGUCUCCCUGCAGGCUCCCAGCUGUGCACGGCCCAAUUAGUAACUGCUGUACACACUGGGUGUUUAAUAUUGAUCCGGACACGUAAGACACGGGGGGUUUUAGGGUGGAGGAACACAGCAGGGAGGUAGGUUUCAUCCCUCAGGAUGCAUCAAGCCAACCCUGAGCCUUCAGGCUUGACCUCACACAUCACC